AUGGGAACCGUCUUGAGGCAGUCUGCUCUCCGGGCCAGUACGUUGUGGACGUUGUCGCGACCCUGCAGUCGCCUCUGGCGCAGGACGUUCAGUGCGGCUGCCAGCGAAGGCGCGUCUCACCAUAGGGAAGCGACUUUUGAAGAACUGGUACGUUAUGCGCGCCAGAUCCGAGCAGAGUCCAACAUUCAGACGGCAGACGAACCGCCAACUAGCCCCCUACCCGAAGGACACGAGGUGGGCCCCGGCGAGUCGGACUUUUGCAACUACCUCGAUGACCACUCGGAUACGAGUAACCGACAAGUUAUUCAAGGCCUGGGUCUAGCUGGGGGUGUUUUGGCUUGUUUAGCAGCCUUUUCCGUUUACCGCUAUAGAAACUCGAAACCGCAGUUCGUGCCGCGGACGGUGCCGUUUUGGGAGAAGGAAGUUCCCGGGUUCGAGCGGGUGCAACCGGCGGGCAACCGUGCGAAGCUCGCCUCUGCGCCGCUCCCGUCGAGCGAUAGCGCGGGAGCCGUCAAUGGUACCGAGCCAGAGUCGGCAACGCUGCCUUCCACGCAAACAGGGCACUUAUCAUCGGUCUUACAAGCGAAUGAGACAUUAUCAAACGAAGGCAUGGAGAAUGGUGUUCAGGCAGCGCCCGCAGCGGAGACAUCGAACACCGGAGACGAUGACGGAACUGUGGAUGCUGCGCAUGACGCGCAUGCAGCGAGUGUAGCUGAAGCAUCCGGAGUGUAA